UCCCCUCGCGCGCGGCGCUGGGGGGGCGGCCGUUAACGGCCUCCGCCGGCUGCCCCAGUAGGCCCCUUCAGAGCCGUCCGCUUUGGGCGGGGGCCAUGGCCGCCUCGCCUGGGAAGCAGAGCGACUGCUACAAGCGCCCGAGUCCCACCGGCAAGAAGAAACGCAGCCCUGAAGAAAAUGUUUUCUUCUUCAGUAAAUUAACAUAUUCCUGGUUUACCAGACUAAUAUCUAUAGGCUAUAAGAAGCCAUUGGAGAGGGAUGACCUGUUUGAACUGAAUGAAAGUGAUUCACCAUACAGAGUGUGUCCUAACUUUGAGAAGCAAUGGAGAAAAGAAAUCCAGAAGCCUACCACAGGAUUAACAGCUUCUUACAUCAGAAGAGUACUAUUUAAGAAAACAAGUUUCCAUAAACCAUAUUUGAUUUUUCCAUUAUGGAGAACAUUUAAAUUUUUAUUGAUUAAAGUUGCAUUUCUGAAAGUUACAGUGGACAUUCUGGCUUUCAUGAGUCCACAAAUAAUGAAAGCAAUUAUAAUGGUCAGUGAAAAUCAUCCGAGUUCAUCUGGGAGUGGAUAUGGCUAUGCUAUUGCCCUGUUUUUUGUAGUGCUCACACAAACUCUUCUCCAUCAGUUAUACCAGCGUAACAACAUGCUUACUGCAGUUAAAAUCAAGACUGCAGUUGUUGGCCUGAUAUACAAAAAGGCCUUAACUUUAGCAAACUCCUCACGACAAAACUAUACAACUGGAGAAAUUGUUAACUUGAUGUCAGCAGAUGCUCAGCAACUCAUGGAGCUAACUGUAAACAUCAACCUGUUGUGGUCAGCACCUUUUCAGAUCAUCAUGGCUGUUGUCUUUCUCUGGAAAGAACUUGGCCCCUCAGUCCUAGCAGGUGUUGCAGUACUUCUUUUGGUUAUACCUAUAAAUGCUGUCAUUGCAGCCAAAGUAAAAGGACUGAAGAAAAGCCAAAUGAGGUAUUCAGACCAGCGAGUCAAGCUGCUAAGUGAAAUGUUACAUGGAAUAAAGAUCCUCAAACUUUAUGCAUGGGAACCUGCAUAUCAAAGGAAGGUCAUGAGCAUUAGAGAACGUGAAAUGGAUGUUUUGAAGUCAUCUGGGUAUCUGACGACUUACUCCAUGCUAACAUUGACGUGUAUUCCUUUUAUGAUCUCAUUGGCUACAUUUGGAGUCUUCUUUCAUCUGGACAAAGAGAAUGUUUUAACAGCAACUAAAGUUUUCACAUCUAUUUCUUUGUUUAACAUUUUGCGACUGCCUUUGUUUGAUUUACCUUCUGUGAUCUCUGCAGUAGCCCAGACCAAAGUUUCUCUGAGCCGUUUAGAGGAUUUUCUGUGUGCUGAGGAUCUUAAACCUGGGGAUAUCAAUACAAACUACAGUGGAAAUCAUGCUGUUGGGUUUAUUGAUGCUUCUUUCCGCUGGGAGAAAAAUGGCCUGCCAGUCUUAAAAAACUUGAGUAUCAGCAUUCCUGAAGGCUCUUUAGUUGCUGUUGUGGGACAAGUUGGAUCUGGAAAGUCAUCUUUUCUUUCUGCUAUUCUUGGAGAAAUGGAGAAACUUGAAGGAACAGUUCAGAGAAGAGGUUCAGUGGCAUAUGUUUCUCAGCAGGUCUGGAUUCAAAAUGAAAGUUUACAGGAAAAUAUUCUCUUUGGUGCAAAUCUAAAUAGGCCAUAUUACGAACUUGUUUUAGAGUCUUGUGCUUUACUGCCAGAUUUGGAACAGCUGCCAAAUGGAGACCAAACAGAGAUUGGAGAAAGGGGUGUCAAUAUAAGUGGAGGGCAGAAGCAGAGAGUGAGUCUUGCUAGAGCUGUGUACAGCAAUGCUGACUUGUAUCUUCUGGAUGAUCCCCUGUCUGCUGUAGAUGUACAUGUUGGGAAACAUAUUUUUGAGAAGCUAAUUGGGCCUUCAGGUCUCCUAAAAAGCAAGACUCGUAUAUUGGUAACCCAUAACCUAACGCUCCUGCCUCGCACUGAUCUUAUAGUAGUAAUGGAAGAGGGCAGAAUAAGUCACAUGGGGACCUACCAAGAACUCAUUUCAAAGAGAGCUAAUUUUGCUAAGCUUAUUCAGGUCUUCAGUGCAGAGCAUACAAGUGAAGAGACAACCCCAAUGGAAGUGAGUUCUUCAAAGGAAGAAGGCCAACUGAGUAGGAGUCUGCAACAAAGAGAACUGCUGAAACAUAAAAAUUCUUUUGAUCAAUGGAAAAUAUUCACUAACAAUAAAGAAAAAGUUGCUACUGGUGGUAUGAAAAUGUCAGUUAUUUUGAAAUACCUCCAAGCCUUCGACUGGCAAUGGAUAUGGCUAACCAUAGCUGCUUAUUUAGGACAAAAUGCACUAGCCAUUGGACAAAAUCUAUGGCUUAGCGCCUGGACUGAAGAAACAGCAAAAGUUAAUGAUUUCACAGAAUGGAAACAAUCACGAAACUAUAAACUUUGUGUCUAUGGGCUUCUGGGAUUCAUGCAAGGUCUUCUUGUUUGCUGCGGUGCUUAUGUGCUCACCAGGGGGUCCCUGUCUGCUUCUCGGGCAUUGCAUCGUCAGCUGCUGGACAGUGUAUUGCGCCUUCCUCUUCAACAUUUUGAAACUAAUCCAGUUGGUCAGAUUAUCAAUAGAUUCACAAAGGACUUACUUAUCGUGGACUUACGUUUCCAUUACUACUUACGAACUUGGCUAAAUUGUACACUAGGUGUUAUUGGAACCAUUCUGGUUAUCACAUCUGCCUCACCGUUAUUCACAGUAGUAGUUAUUCCCCUGGGAUACUUUUAUUGUACUAUCCAACGAUGCUACAUAGCGAGUUCACGGCAAAUUCGACGGCUAGCAGGAGCAUCUUAUUCUCCCAUCAUCUCCCACUUCAGUGAGACUCUUGUAGGGCGAUCAACAGUUCGAGCAUUUGGCCACCAAGAGAGAUUCAUUAGAAAAUAUAAUGAUGUUGUGUAUGAGAACUUAGUUUACUUCUACAACAAUGUCAUCUCAAACAGGUGGCUAUCGGUCAGGCUUGAAUUUCUGGGAAAUCUAAUGGUGUUCUUUGCUGCACUGUUUGUAGUACUGGCUGGAAAUACAGUGAGUUCUUCUACUGUGGGUUUAUCGAUAUCCUAUGCUCUAAAUAUAAUUCAAAGUCUAAAUUUUUGGGUGCGUAAAGUAUGUGAAAUCGAGACCAAUUCAGUUUCAGUUGAAAGAGUUUGUGAAUAUGCAGAAAUGGAUAAAGAGGAACCAUGGAUAAUGUCAAAAAGACCACCAGUGGGGUGGCCCAAUGGAGGAAUAAUAGAGUUUGUUAACUACAAGGCUCAGUACAGGAAGGAUCUUGGUUUAGCCCUGAAUAACAUCUCUUUUCAGACACAGAGUAAAGAGAAGGUUGGAAUUGUUGGAAGAACAGGAGCUGGUAAAUCAACACUCACAAAUUGCUUGUUUAGAGUUCUAGAGGGAUCUGAAGGCAAAAUAAUUAUCGAUGGAAUUGAUAUAUCAACUAUUGGACUUCAUGACCUACGUGGAAAUCUUAACAUCAUUCCACAGGACCCUGUCUUGUUUUCUGGGACACUGCAGUCCAAUUUGGAUCCACUUGGAAAAUACUCUGAUCUUGAACUAUGGGAGGUACUGGAACUGUGUGACUUAAAGGAUUUUGUCCAGUCACUCCCAAAGAAGCUCCUUCAUGAGAUUUCAGAAGGUGGUGAAAAUCUCAGUGUUGGACAGAGGCAGCUGGUCUGUCUGGCCCGUGUUUUGCUACGAAAAACAAAAAUCCUGGUCCUGGAUGAGGCAACAGCUUCUGUUGACGUGGAAACAGAUAACUUGGUACAGUCCACCAUCAAAAGAGAGUUUUGUGACUGCACAAUAUUAACUAUAGCCCACAGGUUACACACAGUUAUGGAUUCAGAGAGAGUGCUUGUUCUAGAUGCAGGGAGGAUUCUGGAAUAUGAUACACCACAUAAUUUGUUACAACGAAAAGGUGUCUUUUCUGAAAUGGUUGCAGAGGCUGGGAUAAGAUGAUAAAGAAAACUAAUGAAUUACUUCUUAAUGAAGGUGAGAAUUCCUUACUCCAGUAAACGCUCGAGGGAUAUGUGGCCUUCCUGAUGUUAUGACUAGCUUACUGAAAAGCUCCUCACACCACUGCUGCUUACUAAAACUACAAUCUGUAUGUAUUGAUCAGGUUUCUUAAAAUAACUUUCUGAUUUUAUACAAAUCACUUGUUUUAAUCAUAUUGGAACUGGAACAAUGUAAUGAAGCAGCAAUUUUCAUGGCAUAUUUUAACUGUUGCACUAGUAAAGACGGAUUGAAAAAUAAACCUUGCUGUUCACAUGCUGGUUCUAAUUAAAAAUAGUAAUUAAUUAAGUUGCUCUCACGUUAUGCCCUUUCAGUUAAUACAUUCUUAUUCUGAUUGCAAAAUCAUUAAAAACACAAACUGCUUAUUGUGUGGACAUACAGGCAGAUGUCA